AAAUGUAAUCUGUCAGUUUUAUACGAUCUACGAUCUCAGACAGGCAGUGCAAGGGAGGACUCAUCUGAACGGUGUCAAUUCUGUCUGUCUUUCAAUGAUUAUUGCAUUUGCAGUCAAAACAGGCAACAUUUAAACUCACUUGGCUAUAAAUUGUGAAUCCCUAGCCCCCCGCCCGCUACCCUUGCACAGAGAUAUGAGCGGCAGCGGGCGGCCCAGAACUAGCUCGUUUGCUGAGCCACAAGGUGUUCCCGGAGCCACUGCAGCAUCCACUGGAUCAGCCGCUGCCGUGGGGAGCAGCACAGGAAAGACCGGGGUCCCGCAGGCCUCGGGGAGCAGUUCGUCUGGAUGCUCGAAUUUAAAGCUGUCCAGGGACAGUGGGAAGGUGACUACGGUGGUGGCCACAUCUGGGCAGGGUCCCGACCGUCCACAGGAGGUGUCCUACACGGACAUCAAGGUGAUCGGGAAUGGCUCCUUUGGUGUGGUGUACCAGGCGCGCCUCAUCGACAGCCAGGAGAUGGUGGCCAUUAAGAAGGUGCUGCAGGAUAAGAGGUUCAAGAACCGAGAGCUACAGAUCAUGCGAAAGUUGGACCACUGCAAUAUCGUGAGGCUACGCUACUUCUUCUACUCUAGUGGUGAAAAGAAGGAUGAGGUGUAUCUCAACCUGGUGCUGGACUUUGUCCCGGAGACCGUGUACAGGGUGGCCCGGCAUUUCAACAAGGCCAAAAGCAUCAUUCCUAUCAUUUACGUCAAGGUGUACAUGUACCAGUUGUUUCGCAGCCUGGCCUAUAUCCAUUCCCAGGGUGUCUGCCACCGAGACAUCAAACCCCAGAACCUGUUGGUGGACCCUGAAACGGCCAUCCUAAAGCUCUGUGACUUUGGGAGUGCUAAGCAGCUGAUUCGUGGGGAGCCCAACGUGUCGUACAUCUGUUCGCGGUACUACCGCGCCCCAGAGCUCAUCUUUGGCGCCACCGACUACACGGCCAACAUCGACAUCUGGUCGGCGGGCUGCGUGCUGGCCGAACUGCUGCUGGGACAGCCCAUCUUCCCCGGGGACAGCGGAGUGGACCAGCUAGUAGAGAUCAUCAAGGUUUUGGGAACUCCAACACGUGAACAGAUCCGUGAAAUGAACCCCAAUUACACAGAGUUUAAAUUCCCCCAGAUCAAAGCGCAUCCCUGGACUAAGGUGUUUAAGCCUCGUUCCCCUCCGGAGGCCGUCGCCCUGUGCUCGCGCCUGCUGGAAUACACCCCGAUCACGCGCUUCUCGCCCCUGGAGGCCUGCGCACACGCCUUCUUCGACGAGUUGCGAGCGCCCAACGCCCGGCUGCCUAGCGGGCGAGAGCUGCCCCUGCUCUUCAACUUCAGCACCACGGAGCUGUCAAUCCAGCCCCAACUGAACUCCACCCUCAUUCCUCCUCAUGCCCGCGCACAGACAGCUUCCUCUGAUGGCUCUGGGUUAGCCGGCUCCUCUCAGCACAGCUCUGUACCCGGAUCACUAAACAACAGCACCUGAAAUGUCCCUGCAAACCCUCUGUCUGCCAGCCCGACACACACACACACACACACACACACACCUCUGUCUGCCAGCCUAACACACACUGUAUUGCUUCUAUCUUCCUCGCUGCUUGUUAUUUUCCCCCAUUGGUUACAAACAUACCUUUUUUGUACUGUACAUACAUUGAACAAACCAUUCAUAGCCGGAAGAGGAUAUCAUUAGCUGACAAGGUAGUUUUGUUACAUGAAAUUGAAACUCGAUCAGCACUACAGGCUAAGAGUUGUGGAGACACGAACACACUUUCUCAUGUACCGACACCUUAAGUGUUAUCCCACUCCCUCGCUGCAUCUCCUUUGGCCCAGCUCUCUUUCUCUCCGGCUGUUUAUAACACUCAUGUUCCUGCUGUUGGGGGUGACAUUAAGCUCCAGUAGGUGGGACAGGCCCUCUGUAUAAUACUUUUUUUUUAAUCAAGGUUAUUUUUUCUUUUUUUUCUGUUUUAUUUAUUUGACUGAAAACUUCAUGAAGAGUUCCUGCCACCACCACCACACACAAAGUAAACAGGAGUUUGUCUCUAGAAGCCAAUUGAGGUGUUUCCCAGUUAGUCUACGAUGCGACCAAAUGAUUCUAAUGGGAUAAAAUGGUGCUGGUUGCAAGAUGGAGAGAUGAAGAGGCUGUGUUUUGUUUUAUACUUUUAAAUGAUAUUUAAAAAGAGAUUAAAUGACAGCUGCUUUUUUCUUUUACUUGUAAAUGUAUUUAUUUUUUAAUUUGCUUCGGAAAAGGCACUGUGAAUUUUUACAUUGAAACAGGAGUGCAAGUUAUAAUUGGUAGCCGUACUUGCUAGCAAUUUCCCAUGUUGUGUGUUGAGGACCUAAAGGAAACGUUUUGACAGAGCGUGAGGGUGGUGGCGUUUGUGUGGUGACGUGAGAGAUCCAGGAUUCACAUCUAUGUAGCAGCAUCUCUCCCACUGACAAUCACAAACUGAGCCUACCUUUACUUUCCAUGGGAAGACAAUCAAGGUGCUAUCGAUGAUUAAGACUGCUGCGGUAGUCAAUUGUCACCUUCCUAUUGGCUUCAAUAAAUGGCAUAGCAUCAAUUAUAUUGUAUGGUGAGGUUACAUGUUUGAUAAAAAUAAAAAUAAAUCUGGUUUUGGCUGAUUUGGCGCUUGUUUUCCAUUCAUAGCAUGAACUCUUCAGAACUCCUGAUUUGAAAGAGGGAGCUUUCUGAAAGGAUAUACAAACCAUGCUGUGUUUUUGAGAUGUUCAUUUCAAAUUUGCAGUGAAGAAAGUGGACUUUUCGCAGCAAACUUGUAAGAAUCUUUGUCAGUGUGGCACCCAUCUAGAUUGUAGAGGACGAAGGGAUUAUCAACUAUGGGGGUUCAGCCAUAUGGACAUAAAUAUAUCCUAUAUGGAGUAGUUGACUCCAGUUUGGACUUUGAAGCAGACCAUGAUCCCAGUUUCUUAUAAUAAAUUCUCUGAAAUGGGAGAAUUUCUGAGAAUUUCUGUUACUGGUGUAGAAGGGCGGAUAGCUAGUUCAUAGUAGUCCUACAAGGCUUGUACUUUGCUAUGUGCUUGUGGGAGUUCAUGAGAAUAAGUGAGAAAUUUGAAGGGUGGAGGAAUAGCGGAGUUUUUGUGUGUUCAUGUGAAUAAUUGUACCUGCCGACUCAAACUGCACCGUUUUUAAAAAGCCAGUGUUGUAGGUUUAGCUCAGUUCUCAGUAAUGACCACUUGAAUGCUUUCUAGUGCAGGUGCGUUAUGCUAUUGUACAACCUCUGCCACCCCCUUGUAUGAACAACCCUCAUGUGCUGACAUUUGAUUUAAAUAACACAUUUUCCCUCCCUUUAUCUCUGAAGCCUUCUGCUUCCUAGCCCAGAGUCCCAACUGAUUUGCUUGAAAUGUAGCAUAUCGUUUUGGAUUCCAUUUGCUUCUCUCCCUAACCCAUGCCCCCCUCAUCUUAUUGAACAUCUGUAAAUAUCACCCACUUUUUUUUUUCUUUUUUUUUCCUCGUUAUUUUUAUUAGCGUUUAUUUUCCAUUACCUGUUGAAGCUGUCCGUAACUGACUGGUCUCAUUUCCAUUCAAAAGUCUGUAAAUACAAUUUGUUUUCGAUGUCCUGAUUUAAGAUGUAAAUACUCCCCUCAUUUUUUUUUCUCUCCCUAUUGUCUCUCUCUCCAUCUCUCUGGUUGUGCACCUCCAUCAACAUACGAUUGUACUGUAUCUCGCUGCUUUAUUUAUUGCUCACUUGGUGUUCUCUCAUGUAGGGAGAGGUUGAGGCACCUAACUGUUUUGUGGGCAUUAUGUCAAAUGUACUGUACUUGGCACCCACACAUUGGUAUUUCAAAGCAAGUUACUUUUUUGAAUGGGGAAAGGUGUUUGAUUGGACUUCAAGAUUGAAUCAAGAUUGAAUCACUCUCUGGUACGAUUCCAACUAAAUAUUUUACAGUUUCACAUAUGUACUGACCUAUGACAGGGAAAUUUGAGUGUGGGCUGUUUUGAGUUUACCAGACAACCAUUUGGCCAAUGACUUGCCCCCAUUCAUUACAAUGGGUACCUAAAAAGAUUUCAAGUGUGUGAAAGUGCCAUGUUGGGAUGCAGAGGAGCCAUAAUACCUUUUUUACCCAGUGUAAUGUGAAGGGUAAACCUGAGGGCCAUGAUGGCGACAAGGUCGGUUGAUGCAGCCAGCCUCCCGCCCUUGACAAUGCCUGAGCCCAUCACGGACAAUUCUGACCUCUGCUGCUUUCAAAAUGGCAGCCAUGGACAAAAUUCAGUGACUGCAGUACGACGAGCCAGUUACCAACCCCCUCCCCUUCUGUGUGUGCUUCCGUGAGCGUGUGUGUUUAUGUACCUGCCUAGCUGCUGGUUUCAUAACUAAAUCUCAGCAGUAUCAGGCUACUAGUGUUUAUCCUAUAAGUACCAUGUUGUGUGUGUAUCAACAUGUGUAUGUAUAGCAACCAAGUGAGGUCACUUUUACUGUUCUGUGACGUGGAUCAGUCAUUUUUCAUUCCAAUCCUGUUUCAAUUGCGUCAUCCUGGCCAGGAGAACUGGUGUGUGUUUUUGGGAUGAGGUAGGAGAGUGAAGGAGGGAGAGAACCAAACUGUCUGUAUGAAAUGGUCUCAUUUAAUAAAGUGAAAAAUAGGUCUGAAAAAUCUAA